UACAGCUUGGAACAGGCUUGAAGGGAUGGUGAUAGGGCACUGCUCUUGUAAAAGUUUAUGAAGGUGUGUGGAGGAGAAAUGGGGGGAAACCCAAGUUCCCCGGGACUGUGUGAGGCCCCAGGAGCCGGCCCUAACCUCCAACCUGAUCAGUACUCCUAGGGCUUUCGAAUCAGGCCAUCAAACUAGGAAAAGCCAAAGAUGGUGAGCAGCCAUCUGCAGAAGGGACCUGGAACUGGGCUAUGGCUGGGGGACUGAGAGGCAUGAGUAGGCAGACUGGCAUGUGCCCGAGACAAGGAAAGCUUUAUUAAUUUCUUCACUCUUUUGAAAGACAGCCUGCCUCAAUGCCCUAUUGGAAGUUAAUGCUUCUCAGAUUAAAUCCGCAAUUUGCAUUUGGGUUUGCUCAGGCGUGGAGAGUCACAUUACCUCUGGGUACCUGGAACAAGGGAUGUGCUAUUUCGAGACCUGCAGGACUGAGGAUCCCACGUCUGAGAUGCUCUGGAGGGCCUGCCACGUGGUAGCUCUGUGCUAACCCUCCACUCCUUACUCCACCGUGCUCCCUGAGGUCUGCACAUGAAAUGUCUCUCUUUUUGUGCCCAAGUUCAGGCCCUCCCGCCCCACCUUGACCACAGUAACCUGGUCAACAAGUACUGAGAUCCACUCUGUGCCAGUACCUGUUUGCUGGGCAGUGGGCACACAAAGUGCAAUAAUUUGCUGACCAUGCCCUGGAGAUACUGUAAUUCUGGAUAAGUACCCCUCCCCUCCCAACACACACAUACACACACCCAACCCAGUAUGUGAGUUUGGAGAGGGAGUGCUGAGAAGACUGGUACCAUUUCCUUGAUCCUGGAGAGGAUUCGGCUCCUGAAAAACCCCUUACAAAGCCAAGUUCCUCUCAUGCUCCUUUUCUAAGGCCCAGGCGGAACAUGCAGGAGAAGGCGAGGACUCCUGCGGGCUCCCAGGAACGCAGCUCACCGUCCCGCCCCGCCGCCGCAGUUCGGUCCUCCUAGAGCAGGUGGCGCUGUGCGACGACCGGAGCCUAGCGGGCCAGCCUCCUCUUGCUGCGCGCCGGCGGGGCACGGAAACCCGGAAGCGGGGGCCGCAGGGGGGCGGCGCAGGGGCUGGCAGGUCGGGCCGCGCUCUUUGAGUGGGGGUGUGUCCCGUCAGGAGUCAUGCUCGCCAGGUCUGGGUACCGGCCGCUGCCGUUGGGGGACUUCGACCGCUUCCAGCAGUCGAGCUUAGGCUUCCUGGGCUCGCAGAAGGGCUGCUUGUUCCCGGAGCCCGGCGGCGUGCAGACGGAAGCUGAUGCUCCUCAGACCUGGCCUUCCUGCAUCUGCCACGGUUUCAUCAGUUUCCUGGGGUUCUUGCUGCUGCUGAUCACCUUCCCCAUUUCCGGCUGGUUUGCCCUGAAGAUAGUGCCCACCUAUGAGCGGAUGAUCGUGUUUCGACUGGGCCGGAUCCGCACCCCUCAGGGGCCUGGCGUGGUUCUGCUCCUGCCCUGCAUCGACUCCUUUCACAGGGUGGAUCUGAGGACACGCGCCUUUAAUGUCCCUCCCUGCAAGCUGGCCUCUAAGGACGGGGCUGUGCUGUCCGUGGGAGCCGACGUCCAGUUCCGCAUCUGGGACCCAGUGCUGUCCGUCAUGACUGUGAAGGACCUGAACGCAGCCACGCGCAUGACGGCCCAGAAUGCCCUGACCAAGGCCCUGCUCAGGAGGCCUCUGCGGGACAUCCAGAUGGAGAAACUGAAGAUCAGCGAGCAGCUCCUGACCAAAGGGACACGAGGACAUUUGGACCUUUUCCCUGCCUCUUCUCCAUGUGCGAACGCCCACGCUCAUGAUCACGCAGGAACCCACCAGAGAUCUGGCUUCUCCACUGCUUCUCGCCGCCCUCCCUGUCGCCGCACAUCAGGCUGCGAGCCGCCCAGGGCUUCUCCUUGGGGUCCCGUUGUAGCUCCAUGCAGUUCCCAGCGCUGUGCUCCUCCCGCACUGGAGAUCAAUGACGUGACCCGAGCCUGGGGACUGGAGGUGGACCGCAUGGAGCUGGCAGUGGAGGCCGUGCUGCAGCCUCCCCAGGACAGCCUGGCUGGGCCCAGCCUGGACGACUCCCUCCAACAGCUGGCUCUCCACUUCCUUGGGGGAGGCAUGUCUGCAGGGGCAGGAGGUGCCCUGCCCCCAGGGCCAGACACCGUGGAGAUGGUAGACGAAGUGGAGCUUCCUGUCGGUGCUGGAGCUGGCUCGAAGCAGCCUGUGGCCGAGGGGCUGCUGACGGCUCUGCAGCCCUUCCUGUCGGAGGCCCUGGUCAGCCACGUUGGGGCCUGCUUCCAGUUCAAUGUCAUCGUGCCUGGUGGCACCCAGAGCACCUACUUCCUGGAUCUGACUGCAGGACAAGGGAGGGUGGGACAUGGGGUGCCUGAUGGCACCCCUGACGUGGUGGUGGAGAUGACUGAGGCGGACCUGCGGGCCCUGUUGUUCAGGGAGCUGCGGCCCCUGGGGGCCUACAUGAGUGGACGGCUGAAGGUGAAGGGCGACCUGGCGAUGGCCAUGAAGUUGGAGGCUGUUCUCAGCGCCCUGAAGUAGCAGCCUGGGCUGACCAUCCAUAGCCCAGCCCAAUCCUGGCACUAAGCCAGGGGGGCGUCUUGGAGGAGGAGGCAUUGGCUCUGCACUUUGGAUUAUUGAGGCCCUGAGAAGUUUCAGGCCAAUCCAGGAGCCGAUGAAUGGAGGUGGGAGAGGCUGGGAGAGGCCGAGUCGGGCUGCCCUGCUCCCCUGACCUACAGUGGUUCUCUGGACAAGCCUUUGCCCUCCCCCCCCCAGUCCCCUGCUGAAUACCCAGCCCUGAGCCGGGUACACGGCACGAUGACAGGAGAACCAGGCCUGCUGUGCUUGGCUGGCUACCUGACUGGACAGGCGGGGCCUACACAAGCAGCCUGACAGCAGCUGGUUUGGUCCCAGUGUGAGGUAGCAAUUCAGGUGGCCCAGGCUCCCAGCUCCAGUGGGCGGGGAUCAGAGAGGUUGGGGGAGAGAGAUGGAAAUGGCCACCAAGAAGAGGUCUGUGCAGCGAGGGGGAUCUGGGCCCCCCUUCCUGACUGUGGCCCAGCCCAGGCCAGUGGGGUGGGAACGGCAAAGAGUGGGGCCUGCUCCUGCCCUGUUCUCAAAGACCUCUUGACUUGUUCACCAGCUCUGUCUUGCAUGCCUGACGGGCCGGGCAAGGGCUAGAGCAGCAUGAAGGCGAGCCCGGCCCUUCCUGUGCUGCCACCAGAGGCUUGAAAACUCAAAUAAAUGUGCUGUUUACAGAGUUUUGGACAGCAGUGGGGGCGUGGGGGUAGGCGUUCCCCAGGCUGUGCCGGGCUCCCUGCGGCCAGCCAGGGACCAGGGCCCUGACGGCUGAUGCUCUUGAAUCACCCACAGCUCCCCUUCUUGCCGAAGUCCUCAAAGCCCCGGGGGCAGGAACGGACACUCUGUUCCUCUUUCUAGUGGGGCGGAGGUUUGCCAGGAAAGAGGGUUUAAGUGUGUCACAGCUGGUCCCGCACACAUGACCCCAUGUGGGGCAGGGUGCAGUCACCAGGUUCAGGAGAGCAGUCGGGGCUGCUCUCAGCUUUCCCUCCUGUUACGUCGCGGGACACUCUCCACCAGCAGAAGGGAGGGAAACGAGGAGAUGAGCAGGGAGGCUUUCUGCUCUGUGCCCCAGCCCACACCCUGGGACGCCAGAGGAGUGGUCUUUCACUUCUCCAGUCCUCAAAAAUAAAUCAAAAAAUAAAAGAAGGGGCGGCCAGAUGGCUCAAUUGGUUAGAGCGUGAGCUCUCAACAACAAGGUUGCCG